ACUUCCUACAUUUUAGCAACGCCAAAAGUUCUAGAAAUCUGAGAGUUGACCGACACACCUUUUCCCAGCUUCACAAGCUGCCGACGCACUUAACAACGGCCCAUACAGGCCAUGAUGGAUUCCUCCCAAAGUUUCGGCGCUUUGCGCGAGACAAUCCAGAGCGCAUUGGUCACCGUAACGCGAUCGGUCAACGGACUUGCCAACGAAGACCUCCAAUUCCAGCGAACCGUGGAUCCCGCCGUCGCAAACAAGCUGGAUGACAAGACGGACCGCCUCCUUCGCCUGGCCAGCGAUCUGCUCGCAUCGGCAGGGAAAGCAACUGGGCAGAAAGUAUCUACUCUCGAGGAUGUGGAUGACGUGGACAUUCAAUGGAAAGGUAUUGUCGACGUGAUCGACUCGCUCCUCGAGAAAGCCGACACUUGCUUAGACGAAUACACUGGGCUCAUCAAGCGGAAGAAUCUACCGGUAGAUGAAUCUGGUCGUGACAGCAAACGGCCGAAGUCGACGCACGAACGCCUUGACCAAUCACUGAAGCGAGCCAACAUCCUCAAGCCUCAGAAUGCGUUCCAGAAGAAGAUCGACAAUUUCGAACCUGGCCCGUGGAAACCUUUGCUUACGAAGAAACCUCAUGCAGUGGUACCUCUUGGAGAGAGUUUGUCAACUUUUACCGACGAGGAGCAAAACAAGACAGAGUAUGAAGAUCAAGUUUCCUCAAAUUUUAUCUUGGGGCCUGCUAGAGCCGCAUCAAGUAUGGGGGUGUCAAAACAUUGUGGCGAAGGCGGUGCAGGCGUGGUAGAGGAGCCUAAAUUGCAGCAAGAGAAAAAUAAGAUGGAAAAAAAUAAGAAUACGAACUCAUCAAGACGCAGAGCUAACUACCUACUCAGGUACAAGCACCCUUACGAAACUGAGAUACGCUUUAUGCAAUACCCCAAACAAGUGUAUCAGCAACAGGAAGCUCAGGAGUAUCUUCCCGUUGAGACCACUUCAGCUAUAUGGGUUGAUACCUACGAGGGAGUGCUGGAGAUGAUCGAAGAACUGAAGAAGGCCAAGGAAAUUGCUCUCGAUCUUGAGCACCAUGACUACAGAAGUUACACGGGCCUCUUGUCCCUUAUGCAGAUAAGCACACGAGACAAGGACUGGAUAGUCGACACCCUUGUCCCGUGGAGGCACAAGUUGGAGAUCCUCAAUGAAGUCUUUGCCGACCCGGGUAUUAUAAAGGUCCUCCAUGGGGCAUUUAUGGAUAUUAUUUGGCUUCAAAGAGACCUUGGUCUGUACGUGGUCGGUCUCUUUGAUACCCAUCAUGCAUGCGGUGUGCUUGGAUAUCCAGGGAAAAGCCUAGCAUACUUGCUGAAGAAGUUUGUGGACUUCGACGCGGACAAGAGAUACCAACUAGCAGACUGGCGGAUCAGGCCACUACCGGAAGAGAUGUUUUACUAUGCGCAAUCCGACACACACUACUUGCUCUAUAUAUUCGACAUGGUCCGCAAUGAACUUGUCGGUGGCUCAGGUCUGAGCGACCCAGAGAAGAACCUGGUUGAAUUGGUGAUUCAGAAGUCCAAGGACGUGUCUUUGCAACGCUAUGAGAGUCCGGUCUACGAUUCCGAAACCGGUCUCGGUCCACGUGGCUGGUUCAACACGUUGGUAAAGUCGCCCACGCUAUACAACGGCGAACAGUUCUCAGUAUACAAAGCUGUGCACAAGUGGCGAGAUGACCUGGCCCGUCAUGACGAUGAGAGCCCUUUUUUCAUCAUGACGCAGCAGGUCCUCGGGGACAUUGCUCGAAUUCUCCCAUCUGAUAAAAAAGCUUUGUGGAGUUUGCUGGAUAGCAAUGCCAAGGGGUUAAAGGUACAUUUUGACGGGCUGUUUGAGCUGAUCCAAGCAGCUCAGGCCAGCGGGGUGAAUGGCCCUUCAGUGAUAGAGUUCUUCCGAGCAGCUCCCGGAGCCACAGCUCAAAAUAGCUUGGACUCGGUUCCAACGAAAACCAUUCCGGAAUCGGACCACAAGUCCACCAACAUCCAAGAUCUUAGGGCCCAGCACUCCCAACUAUGGGGAAACAUGGCCAUGAGCACUUUGUGGGAUGGGUCUACGAAGGCAAACGAGUCUGACGAAAUACUAGAAAUCUCACUUCCUUAUCACCGAUUCGUGGAGGGCACAUGCGCUGUUGGAAGCGGGGAGGAGAUACAAAAGGCUGCCUCGGAUUCCGCUUCGUCGAAUCCUCAUCAAACGCAACCUGAAGUUCAGGUUUUAGAAGAUCAAAAUUUUACGCUCAAAGGUGGACGGAAGCGUAAAAACAUCGACGACGCAACAGAUUCAGAACUAGAUGGUCAGUCUGAUGCUGGUUCAGAGCCUGACUCUGAGAUUCGAUCCGGUAAUGUCUCUGGGUCCGUUAAGAGCCCACCACAGGACGGGAUAAAGGAUAACGACUUGAGCGGCGACAGGUCUCAUAGCAACGAGACAGCAGCAGCGAAGGAGUCGAGGGCCGAGAAGAAGGCUAGAAAAAAACAGGCCCGGAAAUUGGCCAAGAUCGAAUCAAGGGAGCAGGCUAGGGCUACAUGGAAAACAGAGAGGCGGGCAAAGAAGGCGGCAAUGAGAGCCGCCCAGCAAGCACAACCUGCCGGUGCUAUGGACGAAGACGGCGAUGAGCGGCCGUUUGACUAUAGCAAGGCCGCGCCUGUUUUGCAAACGGCGUCAAAGCUCAGUGCCGGUGAUAAGAAGGGGGGGAAGUUUGAUCCGUAUACUAAGAAGUCGGGCGAUGGUCCUCGUGGGGCGAGGCAGCUCAAUUACGAGAAGUCUGGAAGAACGGCGACAUUCAAGAAAUAGGUGUCAACAAGCCAAUCGAGGAUAGUGUAUUUGGACGACUACCUGUCAGAAGCCAUAAUCACCAAA